GCUAGACAUAACUUGAAUGAGCAUUGCAUCCCUAAUCAGUGAAAGUAGAUAUUAGGGUGUUUUGUGAAUAUAUCGGACUUGAUCUCUAUUGCUUGCUGUCGCAUCUUGAUCCAAACGAGAGUUUAGGUAUCAAGAUCGAUCAGCAUAGGGAGCAGUCCACGAUAGUGGACUGUUCUAUUUGAGUGAUCCGAGUUCUAGACUUGUUCUUAAUUAAACUUGAAUAAUAGUUUGGCUCACACUUGUUUAACACCCGACCAAACCACCCUAGGAUAGCAUUUUAAUCAUCUGAAAUCUUUAAUUAAUCUUGUUACUUAUUUCUCACGAAACCCUCAAAUCUUAAAACACCCAUAUUGUUUUAGCUUGAUAUUGAUCCUAUAAAAAUAAAGUGUAAUAGUUGGUCUCUGUGGAUUCGAUUCUAAAGUGCUACAUCGACAUACCAUUCGAUUGUGGUAGUGUGCACAUUAGGUUAAUUGGUGUGCGUAUACACGUAAUAUCAAUGGGUCCUAGAAAAAAGCCAGCAGCACCUACUUACUCUCAGAUGUUUCAUUAUGGUGUCGGGACAUCUUCUUCCGGUCCGUCAUCUUCUGAGGCAGUUCCGGACUCUCAGUCAUCCCAGAGAGUUUCUUGGAGUCCUCCUCCUCCUGCAUCUCAUAUGCCUCCACUUCCUCCUCCUCCAGCCGCUGCACCUCAGCCUGUCCCAGCAGGUGCAGUUCAUCCAGAUUUAUGUGUGCCUCCAUCUGCCCCAUACGCGGGAUAUACAAUGGAGUAUUUUCUCACCCAGCCUGGACGAGAGGGCUUGGAUUUUCUUGAUCCCGACAGACCGCGGAGAUUUCUAGUCGAACAUCUUUCACAAUCCCUGGAGAGAGAAUUCACCAAGAGACCGAGAGCUAAGUAAUUCGACUCAUUCACAUCAAGAAUAGAAAGCAGAAGCUCGCCCGCGGGCGAAAGACAAGGGAUGAUUCUUCUAAGAUACGAACUUGCGGAACUUAUUAUUUUUUAGUACAUUAAAAUUUUAAUUAAUUUUUUUAACAAUUAGGUUCUCUUUUCAGUUUUGGGGCCAACAACCGUGUUGACCGGAGCGUGUCAAAGACGAUAAAGGGCUACUACGACGGAGCCUACCCGAAUUAGAGCAAGAAUCCAGACCACGUUAAGACGACUUGGUUUAAAUGAUUUGCGGGAAUUUUUUUUUUUUUUUUAAAUCUAAUUAAAUAUUUAUAUCAAAUUAAAUAUUUAUUUUAUUUUUUUCAAAAUUUUGUUUGUUUCAGCAAAGGUGGCACUGGUCCUUGGGAAUCAACAAGAGGGUGAAGAGGGAAUUCGUUGCAAAGGCAAAGACCCGCCUUUGCAACACUGUCUCCGAUUGGAAGGACAAGUGGGAGAUCUACGGUUAUGACCAUAAGCCCUACGAGCUCACGAAAGAAGUAUGGGAUGAUCUCAUCGCCUUUUGGAAGCUACCCUCUUCGAUCCGUAAGGCCAACUCGUGCUCCGCUUCCCGAAGAACGAAGGACAAAGAUGGUUAUUUGCCCAUGGUUCACAGAACCGGACAAAAGCCUCAGCCGGAAUCCGUCUAGAAGCUGGAAAUUGUUUCUAAUAUUUAUUUUAAUUUUUUUAAUUAAUUUAAAUUUUAAUAUUUUAUUUUAUUUAUUUUUUUGUAGUAUGAGAAGACGGGAGUCUUACCAUCUCUGUCUGAUCUAUUAAAGAUGACUCACGCGACAUCAGACAUGAUUUUUGUGGAUCCGACAUCCGAGAAACUCUUCAACGCAGUGGCUUCUCGGGUUGAAGAGCGGGAGACACAAUUAAUCCAGCAGUCUCCUGGUGGAUUACCCGUCAAACUGACCACCGAAAAGGUCGACAUGAUUUUCGAAGAGGUGGCUCAUAAAAAGAAAGAACAGACAGUGGGUAUAGGUUCUGUUAACGAAGUUGCUAAGGCAACUUUGUCAUAUGCUUCGAGACGGGACGAAGAGAACUCUCAGAUGAGAGCUCGGAUGGAUAGCCAUCAGGAUCGUUUAGACUCUCUUGAAGAUCUGUUGGACGUGAUGGCGGUGGGAAACCCGACUAUGAAGAUAGCACUAAAUGAGAGACGAGCAGCUCUCGGGAUGCCAAUACGGAAUCCCGAAGAUGCUGAUCCAGACCGUUCUCAACCGAGCACCGACACCGACUACUUCGAUAAUAUGUAGUAGUUUUUUUUUUCCGUUUUGUACUAUGAAUUUAAAUAUUAUGUUAUGACUUUUAAAUAGUUUUUAAUAAUAUGUUUUGAUUUUCACAUUUCA